GUGGUAAAGUGAUGAAGGUCGCCGGAGAGACAGGAGGCCCGAACACAGUGGCGGCGUCGUCAACGGUAGCGGACGGCAAGUCCAGGAAUGUGUCUGCUCUGCUGAGUUCCUCCGUGUGUGGAUCGAGACGUUGGCGCUAACUUGGCUCUGCACCGUCCGGCACCCGCUCUUAAAUAGCGGCAGCUGCUGGAAACACUUCACUUCUGAAGAGAGAGUGAAUCGUGCGGAGAUAUGACUGACCUUGUACGUACUAAACGUACUCGGAAGAAGACCAAAGCUCCGCAGGUGCCGAAGAAUGAAUCCGUAUCCAAGAUGAUCAUUCAUGCGGUGGCGGAUACAAAGGAGCGCCGCGGUCUCUCGCUCGCCGGUGUCAAGAAGGUGCUAUCGGGCAGCGGCUACGACGUAACGAAAAACAACUCUCGGAUAAUCCAGGCGGUGAGGACCAUGGUGAACAAGGGCUCGUUAGUAAACGUCACUGGUAAGGGAGCCUCAGGCUCCUUCAAACUCAGCAAGGAGCAGAAGGACCAGGUGGAGCGGGCAGAGAAGAAAGGGGUCGCUUCACGAACCUCCGCCGUCAAAACAUCGAUGGGAAAACGUGCGGCCAAGAGACCCAUCCCCGCUAAGAAACCCAAAAAGACGUAUCGGGGGAUGAAGAAGUUUGGCGGCCGUAAGAAGUGGGCGAAAGACGGCAGAAAACCGAAAACUGUUUCGAGGAGAAAAGCAGUCAGGAAAGUUAAGAAGACAAGUCGCCAACGUCCGAAACCAAGGAAACCAACCAAACGACCGGCAAAAGCGGAGAAGCCUCUGACAGAGACAUCAUCCUCCGAGAAAGUUGACUCAGAGCAGCACCAGAACACCUGAAUAAAGGCAUCGACAGAGACAACGGCUCUUUUCAGAGCCACGAAAUACUUAAUCAAGAGCAAAAUCAUUUGGUUUAUUUGUGGAUUUGGGAUAAAGC